AUGAUGAUGUUCAAAACUUGGGGUUACAUCACCAUGGCUCAAGCACUCAACUUCACGUCCGACUUUAAACUCGGCCACUACAUGAAGAUUCCUCCACGUCAGAUGUUCUUUUGUCAAGUUGUCGCAACCGUGAUCGCGGGCACAGUACAGCUCGGCGUUCAGUCUUGGAUGUUCACGAAUAUUCCAGACAUGUGCAGCUCCGACCAACCAAGCGGCUUCAGUUGCCCCGGCACAACCGUCUUCGGCACGGCGUCCAUCAUUUGGGGUGUGAUUGGCCCGGCACGCCAGUUCUCGCAUGGGCAGAUGUUUUAUCCCCUUGUCUUCUUCUUCCUUAUCGGCUUCGUCGCCCCCCUCGUUCAGUGGGCUGUCCAGAAGCGCUUCAAGCUCAACAUCCUGAAGUACUUGAACUUCCCUGUGAUCUUCACCGGGACCGGUAACCUCCCACCCGCGACCCCGCUGAACUACAUACCGUGGAUCCUCAUCGGCUUCAUCUUCAACUAUGUGAUCCGUCGGCGUAACUUCGCCUGGUGGUCGAAGUACAACUACGUACUGUCUGCAGGCCUCGAUUCAGGCUUCGCUAUCGGCACGCUGUUCAUCUUCUUUGUUCUCCAGUACCCGAGGAACGGCACUAUUGGCGAGAGCUCAAUUCUUUCCUGGUGGGGUAACAACGCAGCGUUCAACACCGCGGACGUUGCGGGCUUGCCACUCCUCACCCCGCCCGAGGGCAAGACCUUCGGACCGGCGACCUGGUGA